ACACUACUUUUCCCCCCCUCUUUAAAGCGCAAUCUUCUUUCCUAUCUUUCACUAUCUUUCAUAUCUUUCUCUCCCCAUCUGGUCCUUCCACACUAAUAUAAUAGAGAGUGAGAGGGAGAGAAAAACACCCCAUCCGAGAGAGAGAGAUGGCACUAGAGUUGCAAAGCAAUGCUACCAUCUUCAGGAACAUGGAUGCCAUCGAAUCCGGCAACGAUAGUCGUAAGAACUUUGAUGACGAUGGACGUGAAAAACGGACUGGUACGUUGCUGACUGCAAGUGCUCAUAUCAUAACGGCUGUGAUCGGAUCCGGCGUGCUUUCGCUUGCAUGGGCAAUAGCUCAGUUGGGGUGGAUAGCUGGCCCAAUAGCUCUCAUGAUCUUCUCUACAAUCACUUGGUUUAUGUCCACACUACUAGCAGAUUGUUAUAGAUCUCCUGACCCAGUUACUGGAAAGAGGAACUAUACUUACAUGGAGGUUGUGAGAGCUAACUUAGGAGGGAUCAAAAUCCAACUUUGUGGAAUAGCUCAGUAUGGAAAUCUCAUAGGUGUUACCAUAGGUUACACCAUCACAGCAUCUAUAAGUAUGGCGGCUAUUCAACGGUCCAACUGUUUCCAUAGGAACGGUCACGAUGCAAAGUGCUAUGCCUCCAACAAUGCCUUUAUGAUGAUCUUUGCAAGCAUCCAAAUCGUUCUUUCUCAAAUACCCAACUUCCACGAGAUAUGGUUUCUUUCCAUCAUUGCAGCUCUCAUGUCUUUUGCUUAUUCUUCCAUUGGCCUCGGCCUUUCCAUUGCGAAGGUCGCAGGAGGAGGCCACGUGAGGACGAGCCUAACAGGCGUGACAGCAGGCGUAGAUGUGUCGGGUACUGAGAAGGUGUGGAGGACUUUCCAAGCGCUUGGAGAUAUUGCGUUCGCCUAUGCUUUCUCUACGGUCCUCAUCGAAAUACAGGCAACUCUAAAAUCUACUCCCCCGGAGAAUAAAGUGAUGAAGAAGGCUACCUUCAUCGGCGUGACCACCACAACCAUAUUCUACAUGCUAUGUGGGUGCGCGGGAUACGCAGCCUUCGGCAACGACGCUCCUGGCAAUUUCCUAACCGGGUUCGGGUUUUAUGAACCCUUCUGGCUCGUGGACUUGGCAAACGUGUGCAUAGCUAUCCAUCUAAUCGGCGCAUACCAGGUUUUCUGCCAGCCCAUUUUCCAAUUCGUCGAAAUGAGGGCCCACCAUCGUUGGCCCGAAAGCAGAUUCCUGACGGCUGAACACGCCGUCAAUUUUCCUUUACUUCGCAGCGUCUCCGUUAACUUCUUCCGUCUUGUUUGGCGAACGGGAUUCGUGAUCUUAACGGCCGUUAUAGCGAUGAUAUUCCCUUUCUUCAACGACUUUGUAGCCCUGCUUGGAGCGUGCGGGUUCUGGCCGUUAACGGUGUAUUUCCCAACUGAAAUGUACCUGGCCCACCACAGGAUCAAAAGGUUUUCUGCCACGUGGACGUGGUUGAAGGUCUUGAGUGGGGUUUGCUUGAUCGUGUCCGUUGCUGCUGCCGCAGGUUCUAUUCAAGGGCUGGCGAAACAUGUGGUGGCCUACAAGCCUUUCCAAACCCCACAUUAGAUUGGAGUAAUUUACAUCUGUGCCAUUGGACGUAGGUAGUUAUAUUAUCAUGGGAGGAAUGCUAGUUGAACACAGCUCAUGAUACACACCCUACUCCCAAGGAGACACUUGGAUUACGUGUACACGAUCCAGAUCGUUCAUCCGGCAAUCUGGCCAUUAAUGGACCAUGGCCCAAAAAAUCAUGCUGAUCGGAUGAUCCUAAUGGCUUCUUUUGUGAGAAAAAGGAAUAAAAACUCAUUUUGGGCCAUUUUCAGAUGGAUCCAUUAGGAUCAUUCGACUGACCUUAUUUAUGGGCUAUGACCCAAACGGUGGGGAUAGCCAGACAACGGUCCGGAUCUUGCACGUAUGUGCCAGGUGUUUACAGCAAGUGUGUGAUAAGAAGUGCACAAGUAGCAUUCCUCUUCUUUUAGUAUAUUGCUGGUAGUGGCUACGUGAAAUGGAGAAAUAAGUUUGUUUUUUGUGAAAUGGAAAUAAUUCCAUUGUUGUUA